AUGGUUCGCGAUGGUGGUUCUAACAUGAAAAGAGCGGCCCGCGUGUCACAGAUUAUCGCCAUUGAUUGCAAUAUACAUCAAUUGCAAUUGUGCAUACGUGCGGCCUUGGCGAUUGAUGAAUGUAUUUCGUCCUUGUUGGCAAAAUGUAAGCAAAUCGCGACACAUUUUAACCACUCAAUAAUUGCCCAAAGCGAAUUAAAAGGUUUUCAAGAACGUCUGGGUCUGCCUCUGCUUUCAGUUAUUCAAGAGUGUCCUACAGAUGGAAUAUUUAUUCCAAACGAUUGGCUACAACUUGAGAGCUGUGCAACAAUCCUUAAGCCAUUUGAAGAGGCCACCAAGACCAUGAGUAGUUCCGAAGCCUGUAUUUCAUCCGUGAUCCCUCUAAUCCAUGUCUUGACCUGCACAUUGGAGAAUCUAUUGAGACAGAAUAUAAAUAAUACUGGCCAAACUUGCGGGAAUAUUAUUCAAAAAUUGAUAGAAGAAAUUACCAAUCGCUUUGGUGACCUUCAUAAUAAUAAGAUCUACACAAUCGCUACUUAUUUAGAUCCAAAAUAUAAAACUAAGUUUUUUAAUGAAAUCACUAAAGAAAGUAUUGAGUCCGAACUGAUUUCUUUAUGUCAAGAUCAAGAAGGCCAUGGCGCACAAGCACAACCACAAAUACAGUCAUUCGAACAUGAUGUUAUUCAACACAAUCAACACUUUCAUCAUACCGAUACCGAGAGCCUACCAUCAACGAGUUCUGGAGCUAACUUUUCUACAGGCAGAUUUUUACAAUCAAUGUUAUCUGAGAUGCUGGCCUCAGCUCCUAAUAGUGACGAUGAAGAAAAUCCAAUCGCACCCAUCGACAGAUUUCUUAUCCUGAAGUCACUAAUAAUUAAUUAUAUUAAAGAGAAGAGAAUAGGUCUUCAAGAAGACAGUCUUUUGUGGUGGAAAAUGAACCCCAAAUAUUUUGAACUUUACAGAGCUGUGCGCCAGUAUCUUUCAGCCCCUCCAUCAAGUGUCCCCAGUGAGCGCCUUUUCAGUGGCGCUGGAUUAGUUUACGACGAAUUACGAAACCGUCUAUCUGGAGAAACGGCUUCAAAGUAA